AUGAACCAAUAUUACUAUUUGAUAGUUUUGGCAACACUGCGCGAACGAGUUCGUAAGAAACGGGCGAUGUUGUGGAAAAACAAGUCGUGGAUCUUGCACCUGGAUAACACACCUGUCCAUAACGCGCUGUCUGUGAAGCGUUAUUUGGCCGCUAAAGGCUCUCCAGUGCUCGAACACGUGCCUUACUCAGCCGAAUUGGCAUCCAGCGACUUUUACUUGUUUACAAAGAUCAAGUCUGCUUUAAAAGGAACCCGGUUCGAGUCGAUGGAAGAGGUGAAACGAAAAUCGGCGGAACUCCUGAAUGGUCUUACGAAAACAAACUUCCAAAACUGCUUCGAGCAAUGGAAGAAACGAAUAAAACGGUGUGUGGAGAGAGGAGAAGAAUAUAUUGAAGGGGAACAUUCGGUUGUGGAAUAA